CUUUGCACUUCCUGCCCGAACAGUUCAGUUCAGGAAGAAGAAAUAAUGGCGACGCUUUUGGGGUCCGAGUCCCCUUGUACUGGAGGAAAACGAAGAAAUUGCACCAGCAAUAUCGUCACAAAGUUCACGGCCAGUAAAAUCACUGGUCAGGGUUUCAGUCGAGGGACGCAGCUCCCAGGAGGCCUGCUCCAGGAGAGAGAUAAAAGGGCCAAGUGGCAUGGCAUCCCUACACUGCUGCAGAAGCUCUAUGAGAGCAGCCAUCCUAACAGUGACCUCUCCCAUGCCCAUAGCUUUCUUAAGGUAUUAUCAUCCCAGCUCUCCAUGGAGGCCAUGUCUUUUGUCACAGAGGACAGGAAGACCGCUCAGGAAUCCACCUUUCCCAACACGUACACCUUUGACCUCUUUGGUGGAGUCGAUCUGCUUGUGGAAAUCUUGAUGAGGCCCACGUUAACUAUGCAGAAGAAAAAACCUAAAAUGAAUGAUGACUUGGUCAAGGACUGCCUUAGUGUUCUCUACAACUGUUGUAUAUGUACGGAGGGGGUCACAAAGAGCCUGGCAGCGAGGGAUGACUUUGUUCUGUUUCUCUUCACCCUGAUGACAAACAAGAAGACCUUCCUACAGACCGCUACACUUAUUGAAGAUAUUCUUGGAGUCAAAAAGGAGAUGAUUCAGUUAGAGGGCAUCCCCAACCUGUCAGGCCUGGUCCAAAGCUUUGACCAACAACAGCUAGCCAACUUCUGCCGCAUCCUGUCUGUCACCAUCUCAGAACCAGAUGUUGGAAAUGAUGAUAAGCACACCCUGUUGGCCAAAAAUGCACAGCAGAAACGCAAUGCUAGCCCCUCACGGGCAGAGGUCAACCAGGUGACCCUGCUGAACAUCCCUGGCUUCAUUGAGCGGUUGUGUAAGCUGGCCACUAGGAAGGUGUCUGAGGCCACGGGAGCUAACUUCCUGCAGGAGCUGGAGGACUGGUACACCUGGCUGGACAAUGCUCUCGUGCUGGAUGCCCUCAUGCAGAUGGCCACUGAGGAGGCUGAGCAAAGCAGCACAGAAUCAUCAGAUGAGAGUUCACUUGCCACCAGCCCUCUGAGACAUCGACUGCCUCAGUCUAUGAAGAUCGUCCAUGAGAUCAUGUAUAAAGUUGAAGUGCUCUAUGUGCUGUGUGUCCUUCUUAUGGGCCGACAGAGGAACCAGGUGCACAAGAUGCUGGCUGAGUUCCGGCUCAUCCCGGGGCUCAACAACCUGUUUGACAAGCUGAUCUGGAGAAAAUACACGGCUUCAAAUCAUGUGGUGCAUGGCCAGAAUGAGAAUUGCGACUGUAGUCCAGAAAUAUCCUUUAAAAUCCAAUUUCUGCGGCUACUUCAGAGUUUCAGCGAUCAUCACGAGAACAAAUACCUCCUGCUGAAUAGCCAGGAGCUGAAUGAACUGAGUGCCAUAUCCAUGAAGGCUAACAUCCCCGAGGUGGAAGCUUUGGUCAACACAGAUAGAAGCCUAGUGUGUGAUGGGAAGAAGGGUCUCCUUACACGCAUCCUCACUGUCAUGAAGAGGGAGCCUCCAGACUCGUCGUUCAGAUUCUGGCAGGCAAGGGCAGUGGAAAGUUUUCUCAGAGGAGCCACCUCCUAUGCAGACCAAAUGUUCCUCCUGAAGAGGGGACUACUAGAGCACAUCCUGUUCUGCAUCAUAGACAGCGGCUGUACAUCUCGCGAUGUCCUACAGAGCUACUUUGAUCUGCUUGGAGAGCUCAUGAAGUUCAACAUCGAUGCCUUCAAAAGAUUCAACAAAUAUGUUAACACUCCAGAGAAGUUUCAGACCUUCCUGACGCAGAUCAACAGUUCUCUUGUGGACUCUAACAUGUUGGUGCGCUGCAUCGUCCUUUCAUUGGACCGCUUUGAGAGCCAGACUGAAGACGUCAAAGUGGUCGAGGUACUUUCUGAGUGCUGCCUGUUGUCUUACAUGGCCAGAGUUGAGAACAGGCUGUCCUUCCUCUUUCGACUGAUCAACAUCAUCAACGUACAGACGCUCACACAGGAGAACGUGAGCUGUUUAAACACCAGUUUGGUGAUCUUGAUGCUGGCCAGAAGAAAGGCUAAACUGCCCUUCUACCUCAACGCCCUGCGGGAGAAGGAGUAUGCAGAGAAGUACCCGGGCUGCCUGCUCAACAACUUUCACAACCUACUACGCUUCUGGCAGCGCCACUACCUCAACAAGGACAAAGACAGCACCUGUCUGGAGAAUAGCUCCUGUAUCCCUUUCAGCUACUGGAAGGAGACGGUGUCAGUGCUGCUGGGCUCAGACAGGACUUCUCUGUGUGCCAUAGCGAGCUACAUUGAUGAGCCCUUCAUGGAUCUGGACAGAGACCUGCUGGAAGAUUGACCUUCAGUGUGUGCACUCAGUGUGCUGGGUGGGUGGGACAGGGCAGAGGGGCACAGGGAGCAUGGACACCUAAAGCGGGUGAUGACUCCCCUGACCUGAGCCGUCCAGGUGCUUUGUGACUGCGUUCUGGAUGUAAAGACUCACCUGUUUGCUGUCAGUACCUUCGCAUGGAGGCUGUCUCACAGACGUGAGGGACGUAAAUUUGCGUGGCUGUCAUCUUCUCAAGUUACCGUCCUCUUCUUUAAAGGAAGAGGGGGAUAACCUGUGCGCCCACCCCAGAUCGUCCACAUCUUUUAACAGACAAUUGAGGGACCUUGAGAAAUGACACCUGCAUUGGUUGUUUGCUUUAGGUGCAAUUCAAAUAGAGCCUUUUAUAUAACCUAUACAAAAUUCUAUGACAAAAAAAAUACGUAUGAUUCAACAAAUUGUUAGAAAAAAAGGAAAAAAAAGAUUUUCACGUGGACUUGGUUGGCCACAGACUACAUCGUAACCCAGCACCCAGGAUGUGCAGUGGUGCAUUACAAGGCUGCCAGGAGUCCCCGGCCUCACUCUCCCACUACCUACACGCUCUGACUUCAUGCCACUCCGCAAACCUGACCUGUGUGUGGGGGCCUGGUGACAUUGGAGUUUUUGCAGGGGUCUCUCAAUGAACAGCAUUUUCAUUUAACCUGUCUGUGGGUCUAUUUUAUUAGGUGGCUAUCGUCGAUCGGUGCUUUCUGGCUCUACUCAGCACAUUUAGGUAGCUUGUGAGCCGGCUGACAUGUUUCAACAUGGCGCUCCUCUCACAUAAAACCAUCCACUCUGUUGUGGCUUCAGAAGCUUCACCCAGGGACUUGUUUCUUUACCAGGUUAUUUUUUGUUGAUUUACUUUUGUCUUUGUUGAAAACAAUGGCUUUUAGCUCUGGAUAAACUGUAGAAUAAAACAUUGCACAGAAGAAAUUGUUUUUGUUUAUUAUAUUUUAACACAUUUGUUGAUUAAAAACUUUGAUUUUGUAACUGAAUUUGUAUCCAUGUUGUGAGAGAUGCUUUUGGACAAGAAUAAACUAUGCAGGCGCUAGUGUUAA